GGGCGACUCCAGGCGACUCCAAGGACUUUUCGUUUCCGUCAGUGGACGUGUGCACGCACUGCGCACAGUCACGUUCUGAGGGCGGAUCAGCGCUUGAAGGGAUCAAUACAGAACGACGUAUGGCUCGGAGUAUAGUCUGUGUGUGUGGCCGCAUCGUGCACUACAACGUAUCUCAAUCCGGUUUACUGUACACACCAGUGGGCUGCGUAAAGACCCGUUCCAGCGAACCAUGCCAACAGAUUUACCAACAGCGGCCGCUUCCGCUGCGCGGACUUCCUGUCGCAGUCUUUCCAAUCCCGUCCGCAGCGAAACAAUCGCGCUACGCCAAGCCCGCCAUCCAUCCCCUCCCAUCCUCUCCUGCACAACUUCCGUCCAAAGCGCCGCUGCCUCCUGCGCGACUUGGAGCCGAUCCCGCUCUGCGAUCACCUCGGCCGGCAGCGCUAGACUCCCCCUUUUGAACUGAGUCUGCGCGUCCGCCAGCUGCUGGCGGACACACAAACACGGUUCAAAGAGGGGCGGUGAUGCAGCCGGCCGGGAGUAUGCAUACCAGUGAGCGCCGUCGUCGUCUCAGACAGCUGGGCCUGACGGGGAGGCUUCAAUAAGUGUGCGACAGCUCGCUGUGGAGAGGAAGGGGGCAGAGCGGGUCUCGAAGAACGGGAGAGUGGAUUCAACUUGGGGACACACGCUCGGUGUCCGCAGGCCUUGAAUGGCCCACGCGUGUCGUGACAGUCCGAGUCCUCAGACAUGUUCGCA